UGUGGUGUCUCUUUGUCCUCUUCCAGAAAUCCAGAUUUUAAGACUCUGCUGAGUGUUGGAGACAAACAGAACGUUUUUCCCACCAUGAUUCAGACGCCCGCCAGUCGGGCUGCUUUCAUCAGCUCAGCCAUCAGUUACCUGCGCAGUCAUAACUUUGAUGGGCUGAACCUGGACUGGCAUCUUCCUAACGCCUUCUACAAAGACCACUUCACCGCCCUGGUCCAGGAGCUGGACCAGGCCUUUAUUAACGAGGCCAAAGACACCAGGAAGACCCAGCUGCUGCUUUCAGCCAACGUCCCCGGUCUGAUGAGCAGGAUCUUGAGCUACGAUGCACCUGGUAUUGGAGCUCACUUAGACUUCUUCAAUGUCGUUACCUUUGACUUCCACGGACACUGGGAUCCCGUCACCGGACACAACAGCCCGCUAUACAGCAGCUCCAAGGACACCGGCAACUUACUCUACCACAACGUUAAUGCUUCGAUUUCCUUCUGGCUGAGCCAGGGGGCACCAGCACAAAAGCUGUUGAUGGGUUUCCCGAACUUUGGACGGACCUUCAGGCUCAGCUCCACAGAUAAUGGUCUGGGAGCACCAGCUAACGGCGCCGGUGAUGCUGGACCCUACACCCAGACCGCUGGAUUCUGGGCCUAUUAUGAGGUCUGCCUCUUCCUUUCCAGUGCCUCCGUUGUGUGGAUCGAGGAGCAGGAAGUUCCUUACGCCACUUACAGCUAUCUCUGGGUGGGCUACGACGACAAGCGCAGCUUCUCUGCCAAGGUUCAGCGGAUGACUGAGUUCAACCUGGGCGGUGCUCACGUGUGGACAAUGGACUAUGAUGACUUUAGUGGACACUUUUGCUCACAGGGAACCUAUCCUCUCAUCAGGCACCUCAGAAUGUCCAUGGGCCUUCCCAAUCCACCCACCACCACACCGGCUCCCACCACCACCAGGGACCCCAUUCUGGAGUUCUGCAAGGGUCGUCCUGAUGGCCUUUAUGAGAAUGUGGCUGACAGAAACACUUAUUUUCAGUGUUUCCAAGGAAUCACUUAUUUGCACCGCUGCCAGCCCGGACUCAUCUUCUGGGACAGCUGCAAGUGUUGUAACUGGCCCUGAGCCACAAAGACCGUCAGCCGGCUCGCUUUGUUUCAUAAUCAACGUGUCAACCUACGUGAAACAUUUACACCAGCAAACAAGUCGUCUGUUUUGACGUAUUACAGACUCAGUAAUUAAUGGAUUUCUUCUGUAAAGUUGUGAUGCAAAUAAAAGGCUGAGUUCACUUCAAAAA